AUGGCCCACGGCGGAGCGAGGCGGAUUUGGCUUCUUUUCCGCAUCCCGGCGGUGAGCACCCGCUCCUGCACGACCCCAAAGAAAUCCGUGCGUCUCGCCUUGGUGGGAAAGGAAGAGAAUCCAAGGGCCGAGACCCUGUGGCCUCGGGACGCCCUCCUCUUCGCCGUGGACAACCUGAACCGCGUGGAAGGGCUACUGCCCUACAACCUGUCUUUGGAAGUAGUGAUGGCCAUCGAAGCGGGCCUGGGCGAUCUGCCGCUCUUGCCUUUCUCCUCCCCUAGCUCGCCGUGGAGCAGUGACCCUUUCUCCUUUCUGCAGAGCGUGUGCCACACCGUGGUGGUGCAGGGGGUAUCGGCGCUGCUGGCUUUCCCCCAGAGCCAGGGCGAGAUGAUGGAGCUCGAUUUGGUCAGCUCUGUUCUGCACAUUCCAGUGAUCAGCAUCGUGCGCCGCGAGUUUCCGCGGGAGAGUCAGGCAAAUAAAAGGAGGAAGUGGCAAGAAAAAAACAAGAUGGUGGACCAGAGGUUUCUAGCCAACACCACUUUCAGAGGCCUAAGUGGUUCCAUCAAAGUAAAAGGUUCCUCUAUCAUCAGCUCAGAAAACAGCUUUUUCAUCUGGAAUCUGCAGCAUGACCCCAUGGGAAAGCCAAUGUGGACCCGCUUGGGCAGCUGGCAGGGGGGAAAGGUUGUCAUGGACUAUGGAAUUUGGCCAGAGCAGGCCCAGAGGCAUAAAACUCACUUCCAAAACCCAAGUAAGCUACACCUGAGAGUGGUUACCCUGGUCGAGCAUCCAUUUGUCUUCACAAGGGAGGUAGAUGAUGAAGGCUUGUGCCCUGCUGGCCAACUCUGCCUCGACCCCAUGACUAAUGACUCUUCCAUAUUGGACAGCCUUUUUAGUAGCCUCCAUAGCAGUAAUGAUACAGUGUCCGUCAAACUCAAGAAGUGCUGCUAUGGCUAUUGCAUUGAUCUGCUGGAAAAGCUAGCAGAAGACAUGAACUUUGACUUUGACCUCUAUAUCGUUGGAGAUGGAAAAUAUGGAGCCUGGAAAAAUGGUCACUGGACUGGACUAGUGGGUGACCUCCUGAGUGGUUCAGCCCACAUGGCAGUCACUUCCUUCAGCAUCAAUACUGCACGAAGUCAGGUGAUAGACUUCACCAGUCCUUUCUUCUCCACCAGCUUGGGCAUCUUAGUGAGGACCCGAGACACAGCAGCUCCCAUUGGAGCCUUCAUGUGGCCACUGCACUGGACGUUGUGGCUAGGGAUUUUUGUGGCUCUGCACAUCACUGCCAUCUUCCUCACCCUAUAUGAAUGGAAGAGCCCCUUUGGUAUGACUCCCAAGGGGCGGAAUAGGAGUAAAGUCUUCUCUUUCUCUUCAGCCUUGAAUGUCUGCUAUGCCCUCUUGUUUGGUAGAACAGCAGCCAUCAAACCCCCAAAAUGCUGGACUGGAAGGUUUCUCAUGAACCUUUGGGCCAUUUUCUGUAUGUUUUGCCUUUCUACGUACACGGCAAACUUGGCUGCUGUCAUGGUAGGUGAGAAGAUCUAUGAAGAGCUUUCCGGGAUACAUGACCCUAAGCUCCAUCAUCCAUCCCAGGGCUUCCGCUUUGGAACUGUCCGGGAAAGCAGUGCUGAAGAUUAUGUGAGGCAAAGCUUCCCCGAGAUGCAUGAGUAUAUGAGAAGGUACAAUGUACCAGCCACCCCCGAUGGAGUGGAGUAUCUGAAGAAUGAUCCAGAGAAACUAGACGCCUUCAUCAUGGACAAAGCCCUCCUGGAUUACGAAGUGUCAAUAGAUGCUGACUGCAAACUCCUUACGGUGGGGAAGCCAUUUGCCAUAGAAGGAUACGGCAUCGGGCUCCCACCCAACUCUCCACUGACCUCCAACAUAUCUGAGCUGAUCAGUCAAUACAAGUCCCAUGGGUUUAUGGAUUUGCUGCACGACAAAUGGUACAAGGUGGUUCCCUGUGGCAAGAGGAGUUUUGCUGUCACCGAGACUUUGCAGAUGGGCAUCAAGCACUUCUCUGGGCUCUUCGUGCUGCUCUGCGCUGGGCUGGGUCUGUCCAUCUUGACAGCCAUUGGUGAGCACAUCGUGUACAGGCUGCUGCUACCACGAAUCAAGAACAAGUCGAGGCUGCAGUACUGGCUCCACACCAGUCAGAGACUACACAGAGCGCUAAACACGUCAUUCGUAGAGGAAAAGCAGCCGCGUUUCAAGACUAAACGUCUGGAUAAGAGGUCCAACGAGGGACCCCGUCAGCUCUCCGUGUGGAAUACUCCCCAUCAGAGUCACGACAUCCCGCGAAAAUACAUCUUCAGUGAGGAGGGAGGACGAAUCCAGCCGGGCCUGGGGGCCCCCCAGGACAUCCCUCUCCCUCCCCGGAGGAGAGAGCUCCCCGCCUCGCUGACCACCAACGGGAAGGCGGACUCCCUGCAGGGAGCGCGGACCUCGGUGAUGCAGGAGCUGGUGGAGCUGGAGAAGCAGAUCCAGGUGAUCCGGCAGGAGCUGCAGCUGGCAGUGAGCAGGAAAGCGGAGCUGGAGGAGUACCAGAGGGGGCGCCGGACUCGUGAGUCCUAGGCAGCCACGCUGCGUCCCCUCGGCCCCUGGCCUUCCUUGGAGCCCUGGGGACACCUCGGGAUGCUCUUUUGUAACCACUGACGAAGGUAUGGGGAGCUGAGGUCUGGGUCUUAGAGGUCAAGUCCGCCCCGUCCGUCGGGCUGCAGCUCUUCCCACGCUCACCCUCAAGGUGUCCAGGGUAACGGCCUUCCAGGGCAGGAAUCCUACACUGGUCAGGAGUGAGCUCGGGGCCAGGGAUCUGCGACUAACAGACAACCCCAGCUCCGGUAGCCUCCCACCAGGUGCCACAGGACUACUUCUGGUUUCCAGCCCUUUCUCUGCACUGACAACAAGGGAUACAAAAUUGUUACUCAUUCCCUUGUCUUACUGGGUUGUUGGUUUUAUUCUCAGUAUAGAACAGGGUUGCCACGAUUGUGGUUUUGACACAACUCCCCAAACUAGAUUUGUUCCUGCAUUGUGAAUGGGGCACAGGGUCAGAGCUAGAGAAGCGAAGGACGGGGAAGUGGGUGUUUCCAGACACUGGCUGAACUCAUCCGUAUCGCGGCUGGCCCAGGCUCGAUUAGAUCCCGUAGAGCCUCAUUUCUCAGAAGGCCCCAGCUCUCUGACACCAUCCAGACAUUUAGUAGGAAUAUGUUUACCUGCCGUUAAGCACGGGGACAGGGAUGGGGUGAGCGGGGACAGAGGACAGGCCAAAGAGGCAUUAACAAUAGACGCUGUGCUUUUAGAACAAAAGCUCUGGGCCAGGAAAGCAAUCUGGCUGAGAAAUGAACAGGACUACGCUUCCAGCCCAGCUGAGCAUCUCCACGGCAGCACGUGCCUUCUGUAAAGGAGAGAGAGAGAAACAGGGCAAGGAUGCGGCCUUAGGAUGCAACUGGAACAUCCCUGCUUAUUGUAACUGGGGGUUUAGCGAACGUGAUCUGCAAACCACAUACCAGGCCGUUCAGAUCAGCGGUCACUUAGCUCUUAGAUCUAAGAACCCCAAAUGCGAGCCUCGAGCUCGUGAACAGCACAGACUGCACCGUUCGGAAAUGAGCCCUGUGCUUUUCAUAUCUCUAUUGAUAGCAGCCAAGUUCGUCUCCCGGCCUCACGCCCACUUUUCUCUGAGGAGCUGUGAAUAGGUUUGGUCCCUCCGAUUCUCUCCCAGUCCUCAUCGAACGCUCUUAAAAGAUUGUUAUCAGGAAAAACAAGAAAAAGAUUACUAUCAGUAACCUGGCUGUACAACGGCUCGGACAUGCAGGAAGGUAAAGGCAUAUGGGAACUAGGGAACAUCAGCUCCCAAAGUCAGUGUAGACAGAAUCGUCUAGGAACUCGUUAGAAUGCUGGUUGUCCGGACCCUUCCUUCCCCAGAGGGUGGGCGGGGACAGGGGAGAGACUGGAGGUGAGCUCAGAACCUCCCGCUAACCCACACCCCCAGGUGACUGACACGUGUGGUCCAAAAAUUACUCUUCAGGAAACACCAAAGGUGUGGCAGUCCCAGACAAUGGGAGAAGUGAGAAGAGCCUUUCUGAGAGUCUUAUUUCUUGUUUUAAAAUCUUUAUUGUUGAAAGUUUUACAUAUGUCCCCUUUUCUUUCCC